AAAUCCGAAAGGAGGGGGCCAUAAGGUUUCUGUUGUCGAGUCGAAAUCGAAAUCGAAUCGAAUUGAGUCGAGUCGAGUCGAGUCAUCUCCGCCAUUAUCGUCUCUCUUUCUUCUCUCUUCGCCACCUCUCUUCAAUUUCUCGGAUCCUCCGAUCCGGCGGCGUUACUUUUCCCACACUUCUCUCCAUUUUUUCUUUGUUUUUUUUGCUCGCUGAGAAGCUAAGGAAACGCGUUGAUGGAUCUGAUAUGUAUAGCUACGGAUUAGGAUUGGCUUAAUUUCUCUGUGUAAAUCUGUUUCGUUGACCAGCUCCAACAAGGUUGAUUGAAUUGGGGGGGUUUUGUUUUGUGUAUGCCUCCCGAUCGUUGUUUAUCGUCUGUUUCGUCCGCGGAACUCAAGAGCAGAGAGGUUAUUAGCUUACGGAUAUGCAGAAGAGUGGUGUUAACCGGAAUCCUUCUUUAAGAGUAGCUAUUCCUCCUCAGGCACAACAGUCCCUUAGACGCUUAGGUUUUUGCUCUCAGAUAGCUACCGGUGGAUCUCAGCAGUCGUCUCCUGUAGUGUUUCCUGAGAAGAGAAGCAAGAAGGUGAAGACGUCUUCGAGACGUGGUGAGGUUACUAGUGAUCCACAACAGGUGAAACCUAAACCUGAUGAGCAUCGGAUUGAUAUUGUUGGUGGGGAUGAGAAAUCGGAUUUGUUAGGUAGUCUUGUUUAUGCUGGGAAGCUUGUGUUGGAUAAGAGAAAAUCUGAAACUGGGAAAGAUGCUACUGAGGUACAACCACCAUCUGCCACUGAUACCUCUAAUAAAAAAGCAGUUGAUGCAAGGCUUACACGCAGGGCCUUGGUUUGGGGUUCUGACAUGCUACAGCUUGACGACGUUGUCUCUGUGACAUACAAUGUUGGUCUUAGGCAUUUCACUGUGCAUGCUUACCCAAUUGGAAAAGGUUCUUGUGGUCUUUCUUGCUUCGCGAAACCUAAGAGAAGCCGCAAGGAUUUCCGCUUCGUUGCACCUACGGUAGAAGAAGCAGUUCAAUGGGUGGCCAGUUUUGGAGAUCAACAAUGUUUUAUCAACUGUUUGCCACAUCCUUUAGUCUCAAAGAAACAGGCUUCGUCUGAAUUAUUUUCGGUCCCAAUUGAUACCCCUCCUGAGUUGGUCUUCAGGUGUAAGAGUGCACCUAAAAUGCUUGUCAUAUUAAACCCUAGGUCAGGGCAUGGACGAUCUAUCAAAGUUUUCCACAAUAUAGUGGAACCAAUUUUCAAGCUGGCCGGGAUUAAGUUGGAGGUAGUCAAGACAACUAAAGCAGGUCAUGCGAGAGAGUUGGCUUCCACUGUCGACAUUAACUUGUGCUCAGACGGUAUAAUUUGUGUUGGAGGCGAUGGAAUCAUCAAUGAGGAGUUAACUUUACGAAGUGAUGUUCCUGUUAUACCAUAUUUCAUGUUUCUUAUCUGCUCUACUACAUUUCCCUGGUGCCUUGAUAACUCUUUAGANGCAGAAGGCAAAAUUCGACUUGAAAAGGAAGCUGUGGAUAUGCAAGAUCUCUACACGGAUGUAAUGAGGAGAUCAAGCAGAGAAGGAUUUCCUAGAGCCUCCAGUUUAUCAAGUAUUGACUCCAUAAUGACCCCAAGCGUAGGUGAAGUAGACACGGGUUAUUCAUCCUCCAUCGNUGGUGUAAGAGAUCCUAUUUCUGCAGCACUCUCUAUUGUGAAGGGUGGCCUAACAGCUACUGAUGUCUUUGCUGUUGAAUGGAUUCAUACCGGUGUUAUACACUUUGGAAUGACGGUAUCCUACUAUGGUUUUGUUAGCGAUGUUUUGGAACUCUCUGAAAAAUACCAAAAACGGUUUGGUCCUUUGCGUUACUUUGUUGCUGGAUUCCUCAAGUUCAUGUGUUUGCCGAAGUAUAGCUAUGAAGUGGAAUAUCUUCCGGCACAAAAAGAGGAUGCAGAAGGCAAAAUUCGACUUGAAAAGGAAGCUGUGGAUAUGCAAGAUCUCUACACGGAUGUAAUGAGGAGAUCAAGCAGAGAAGGAUUUCCUAGAGCCUCCAGUUUAUCAAGUAUUGACUCCAUAAUGACCCCAAGCGUAGGUGAAGUAGACACGGGUAGCAGCACACAUGCCAGCACCGAGCCAUCUGAAUAUGUCCGUGGAAUAGAUCCUAAAAUGAAACGCAUGUCCUCUGGAAGAAAAGAUGUUUCAGCUGAGCCAGAGGUUAUUCAUCCUCCAUCACAGUCAACAACCCCUAACUGGCCAAGGACAAGGUCAAAGUCAAGAAUGGAUAAAGGAUGGAUGGGGUUAACAUCCGUGCAGGAUCCUCCAACUCGAUGUUCAUGGGGGAAUACCGGUGGUCAUGACAGGGAAGAUAUUUCAUCUACUGUGUCUGAUCCGGGUCCGAUCUGGGAUGCGGGACCCAAAUGGGACAGUGAACCGUCUGCUUGGGAUGUAGAAAACUCAAUCGAGCUUCCUGGUCCUCCUGAGGAUAUAGAGACAGGACUGAGGAAGCAGACCAUGACACCAAGAUUUGAAGAUAAAUGGGUUUCUAGAAAGGGGCAUUUCCUCGGCAUCAUGGUCUGUAACCAUGCAUGUCGGACUGUGCAGAGUUCUCAAGUGGUGGCUCCCAAUUCAGAACAUGACGAUGGUACAAUGGACAUGAUCUUGGUUCAUGGGUGUGGAAGACUGAGGUUGCUGAGGUUUUUUAUACUUCUACAGACAGGUCGACAUCUUUCUCUUCCAUAUGUCGAGUGUGUAAAGGUGAAGUCGGUGAAGGUAAAGGCAGGAAAAAAUACACAUGACAGUUGUGGUAUAGACGGAGAGCUGUUUGCAUUGCAUGGAGAAGUGAAAUCGACUAUGCUACCGGAGCAAUGCAGACUGAUCGGUAAUGCUCCUGGACGACAUUCAUAGUUAUUAAUGUCAUCAAAUUGUGAGGAUGGAGAGAGAGAGAGAGAGUUUGGAUGUUUAUAUAUAUAUAUAUAUAUCUGGAAUUCGUUUAAUUGUUUUUGUCGGCGUCAAGUUUACGGUACGUAUCUAUGCCAUAAGAGAAGUAACAUGAGAGUGCAUACAAUCAAAUCCUUUGUGCCAUAAGUUCCCUAUAAAACCCCAAACCCUUUGUAUAUUCUUUUACCCCCUUUUGUGUGUUUUGAAUUAUAUAUGUACUGUGUAUGUGUUUCCUACAACGAUUUGUGUGUUUCCAUUUCUU